UAAAUUAUAUUUAUUAGAUAGGGUGUUGCGGUUAUCUAGAUUGUUGACUGUUGAUGGGUAAUUCAUGGUAAGAGUAGUACAGUUGUACCAAAAUGCAAAUUAAUGAAAUUAAAACAAUCACAUUUAAGAGAAUGGAGCCCACCAUGACCUGGUUGACCAUUUAUCAUGUGAAGUGAAAAUCAAUUCUCCAGACUUUUUCAUAAAUUAAAGAGUCCUAUAUGUCAAUUAUUGCUGACGCGCCUUGCAUUAUAUUGUAUUUCUGGUUGUAAGAUUGUGUGUGUUGUGGAAGGUUUGUAACUAUGGUAAAGUUCAAUUGUUACCGAAAUGUGAUGCUGACUGUUAGUACUAAUAAAAAUAUAAAAUUAUGUUUUGAUUAUUAAGUAUAUAUAAUGUUUUCGUAUUGUGGUAAACCAUGUGAUGUGCUAAUAUAAUGUGUGGUUAAUGAAUGCUAUUUAUACAUCUAACAUGCAUUAAAUAUUUCUUGAAUUUAUUUUGUUUAUAUGUAUGUAUAUAUAUUAUUAUAUAUUGGUGAAUCAGUGAAUGUAGAGUUAAAGGGGAGGGGGGAUGGAGAAAAAGAUGAGUUUUCACAGGUGGGUUGUAGUUUCAAGUUUGUUGUUGAGCAUUUAUUGUGUGAUCAUCAUCUCCCAUUUAACCGGAGCGGGUGCGACGGCGGCGAAGCAAAGGCGGUUCAACAAUACAAUCUCGGCGAUCUUAAUCUUCGGAGACUCCACCGUCGACUCCGGCAACAACAAUUACAUUUUCACAAUCGCUAAGUGCAAUUUCCCACCUUAUGGACGGGACUUUCUCGGCCACAUCCCCACUGGAAGGUUCUCUAAUGGCCGCCUCGUUACCGAUUUCAUCGCCUCGUAUAUGGGAGUGAAAGAGAAUGUGCCGCCGUACUUAGACCAAAGCCUCGGCGUGGAGGAGCUCAUUACCGGCGUCUCAUUCGCCUCCGGCGGCACAGGAUACGACGCUUUUACUGCUAAAUCAAAUGGAGGUGUGAUUACUGUAGAAAGGCAGCUUCAAUAUUUCAGAGAGUACAAGAAGAGACUAGAAAAUCUCAUCGGAAAGGAGAAGACAAAAUGGGUUGUAAGAAAUGCCGCCUUCUUUGUCAGCGCCGGCACUAAUGAUUUGAACAACUAUUUUGGCACCCCAUCGCUACGCCGCCAACAAUACACGCUUCCGGCCUACCAACAAUUCUUGAUUCAACUCGUGCAACAGUUUGUGCUGGGUUUAAUGGAGGAGGGAGCGCAGCGAAUCGGAGUGGUUGGGCUGCCGCCAAUCGGGUGUUUGCCGACAACCAUCACCAGGAAUUCCGACACCCCACUGUUUCACCGCCAUUGUCUCCCGACGUACUCCGCCGCCGCCAGAGAGUACAACCAACUGCUCCAGAACAAACUGAAAACCAUGCAAAAUGGUGCCCUCAAACUGGUCUACAUCGACAUCUUCAACCCUCUGGAAGACAUGACACAGAAUCCCAGAAAAUUUGGAUUCAAUGAAGUGAAUAGAGGGUGUUGUGGCAGUGGGCUAUUUGAAUUAUCAGUUCUGUGCAAUCCAGAAUCCAUAGUUUGCUCAGAUGCAUCCAAAUAUAUGUUCUGGGACGCAGUGCAUCCAACUCAGGCCACAUACUCUCAGCUCUUCAAAGCAUUGGUUCCCUCCAUUGAUUAUAUCAUCAAAGGCUAAUGAAAGCCAUGGCGACACAACUGUAACAAUAAUUAAUUUGUUUGGGAUUUGGAUGACUGCUUAUCUUGUUUGUCCAAAUGGAAUUUCUUGAAAGAGACUAAGAGAGUGAAAGGCCUCAACUUUUGAGUUGCUUCAA